GGAAGCGUGCGGCGGUAGGCGCGCGCGUGUGCGGGCAAAGCCCCCUGUGUCGCGGAGCGGCGUGUGGGAAACUGCGGGAAGAUGUUGACUUAAGCCCCCGGCAGCCGCCCGGGCCGCUGGGCUGCUUGGCUGGACUCGGCGGCUGACGGCGGUGGAGACUCGAGCCCGAGGACAAGCCGAGCCGAGGAGCCGCGCGGCGCCGUAUCCGGCUCGCCAGCCGCGGCCGCCGCCUCCCCGCGCGCGCUCGGCCAGCAGGAGCACCCCUUGCCGGUCGCCGCGUCCCCUCUCUUGCGUCCGUGUCUCCGCACGGCUCCCCGCACCAAAUUGACCCUCCUCCUGGGCACAUACCGAGAUAUGAGGAUCAAUGAUGCAGACUGCUGGGUUCGAUGAAGCUGGGCAUUUAUAACUAGAUUCAUUAAGGAAUACAAAGAAAAUAUUUAAAGAGAUCAAUAAUGGUGUCUUCUGGUUGCAGAAUGCGAAGUUUGUGGUUUAUCAUUAUAAUCAGUUUCUCACCAAAUACAGAAGGUUUCAGCAGGGCCGCCUUACCCUUCGGGUUAGUUAGACGAGAACUGUCCUGCGAAGGCUACUCUAUAGACCUGCGAUGUCCCGGCAGUGAUGUCAUCAUGAUUGAGAGCGCAAACUAUGGUCGGACGGACGAUAAGAUCUGCGAUGCGGACCCCUUUCAGAUGGAGAACACAGACUGCUACCUCCCCGACGCCUUCAAAAUCAUGACUCAAAGGUGCAACAAUCGAACACAGUGUGUAGUAGUUACGGGGUCAGAUGUAUUUCCUGACCCAUGUCCCGGCACUUACAAAUACCUUGAAGUUCAAUAUGAAUGUGUCCCUUACAUUUUUGUAUGUCCUGGGACCUUGAAAGCCAUUGUGGACUCACCGUCUAUAUAUGAAGCUGAGCAAAAGGCCGGUGCUUGGUGCAAGGACCCUCUUCAGGCUGCAGAUAAAAUUUAUUUUAUGCCCUGGACUCCCUACCGCACUGACACUUUAAUAGAAUAUGCUUCUUUAGAAGAUUUUCAAAAUAGCCGCCAGACAACAACAUACAAACUUCCAAACCGAGUAGACGGUACUGGAUUUGUGGUGUAUGACGGAGCUGUCUUCUUUAACAAAGAGAGAACGAGAAAUAUUGUGAAAUUUGACUUGAGGACUAGAAUUAAGAGUGGGGAGGCUAUAAUCAACUACGCCAACUACCAUGAUACAUCGCCCUACCGAUGGGGCGGGAAGACAGAUAUUGACCUCGCCGUGGAUGAAAAUGGCUUGUGGGUCAUUUACGCCACCGAGCAGAACAAUGGGAUGAUAGUAAUUAGCCAGCUAAAUCCAUACACUCUUCGAUUCGAAGCAACAUGGGAGACGGUAUAUGACAAGCGUGCUGCGUCCAAUGCGUUCAUGAUAUGUGGAGUUCUCUAUGUGGUCAGGUCAGUGUACCAAGACAAUGAAAGUGAAGCAGGCAAGAACACAAUUGAUUAUAUUUACAACACUCGCUUAAGCCGGGGAGAAUACGUGGAUGUUCCUUUCCCCAACCAGUAUCAGUAUAUCGCUGCAGUGGAUUACAAUCCAAGAGAUAACCAGCUCUAUGUAUGGAAUAAUAACUUUAUCUUACGAUAUUCUCUGGAGUUUGGUCCACCUGACCCUGCCCAAGUGCCUACCACAGCUGUGACAAUAACUUCUUCAGCUGAGCUGUUCAAAACCACAGUGUCAACCACAAGCACUACUUCACAGAGAGGCCCCGUGAGCACCACAGUAGCUGGACCUCAGGAAGGAAGCAGAGGGACAAAGCCACCUCCGGCAGUUUCUACAACCAAAAUUCCUCCUGUAACAAAUAUUUUUCCCCUGCCAGAGAGAUUCUGCGAAGCGUUAGACACGAAGGGGAUAAAGUGGCCUCAGACACAGAGGGGAAUGAUGGUUGAACGACCCUGUCCCAAAGGAACGAGAGGAACGGCCUCGUAUCUCUGCAUGGCUUCCACUGGAACAUGGAACCCUAAGGGCCCUGAUCUUAGCAACUGCACCUCUCACUGGGUGAAUCAGCUGGCUCAAAAGAUCAGAAGUGGAGAAAAUGCUGCAAGUCUAGCCAAUGAACUGGCUAAGCACACCAAGGGGACCGUGUUUGCAGGGGAUGUGAGCUCCUCCGUUAGACUGAUGGAGCAGUUGGUGGAUAUCCUGGAUGCUCAGCUGCAGGAGCUGAAGCCUAGUGAGAAGGAUUCCGCUGGGCGGAGUUAUAACAAGCUCCAAAAACGAGAGAAGACAUGCAGGGCUUACCUUAAGGCAAUUGUUGACACAGUGGACAACCUUCUGAGACCCGAAGCUUUGGACUCCUGGAAACACAUGAAUUCCUCUGAGCAAGCACACACAGCCACGAUGUUACUGGAUACACUAGAAGAAGGAGCGUUUGUCCUAGCAGACAAUCUCUUGGAACCAACCCGGGUCUCAAUGCCCACAGAAAACAUUGUUCUGCAAGUUGAAGUCCUCAGCACGGAAGGGCAAGUCCAAGAUUUUAAAUUCCCUCUCGGCAUCAAGGGGGCCGGGAGCUCCAUCCAGCUCUCAGCAAACACUGUCAAACAGAACAGCAGGAACGGGCUGGCAAAGCUGGUGUUCAUCAUUUACCGGAGUCUGGGACAAUUCUUGAGUACUGAAAAUGCGACCAUAAAGCUGGGUGCAGACUUCGUGGGUCGGAACAGCACCAUUGCCGUGAACUCCCACGUCAUUUCCGUUUCCAUCAAUAAAGAGUCCAGCCGUGUGUACCUGACAGACCCCGUGCUAUUCACCCUGCCACACAUUUAUACUCACAAUUAUUUCAAUGCAAACUGCUCCUUCUGGAACUACUCAGAAAGAACCAUGAUGGGAUAUUGGUCUACCCAGGGCUGCAAGCUGGUUGACACUAAUAAAACUCGCACAACGUGUGCAUGCAGCCACCUAACCAAUUUUGCUAUUCUCAUGGCCCACAGGGAAAUUUCCGUUAAUGAUGUUCAUGAACUCCUGCUUAAAGUCAUCACCUGGGUGGGCAUCAUUGUCUCCCUCAUCUGCCUGGCGAUCUGCAUCUUCACCUUCUGUUUCUUCCGAGGUUUACAGAGUGACCGCAACACCAUCCACAAGAACCUUUGUAUCAACCUUUUCAUUGCCGAAUUUAUUUAUCUCAUAGGCAUUGAUAAGACAUCCUACCCGGUCUUGUGCCCUGUAUUCGCAGGGCUUUUGCAUUUCUUCUUCCUAGCGGCUUUUUCUUGGAUGUGCCUGGAAGGUGUCCAGCUCUACUUAAUGUUGGUUGAAGUUUUCGAGAGCGAAUAUUCAAGGAAGAAAUAUUACUAUGUGGCCGGAUACUUGUUCCCUGCCACGGUGGUCGGUGUUUCAGCCGCUAUUGACUAUAAGAGCUAUGGAACACAAAAGGCUUGCUGGCUUCACGUUGAUAACUAUUUCAUAUGGAGUUUCAUUGGGCCUGUGACCUUCAUUAUUCUGCUAAAUAUUAUUUUCCUGGUGAUUACGCUGUGCAAAAUGGUGAAACAUUCAAACACUUUGAAACCAGAUUCUAGCAGGUUGGAAAACAUUAAGUCUUGGGUGCUUGGCGCGUUUGCCCUUCUGUGUCUCCUGGGUCUAACCUGGUCCUUUGGGUUUCUUUAUAUUAAUGAGGAGACUGUUGUGAUGGCAUAUCUCUUCACCACCUUUAAUGCUUUCCAGGGAUUGUUCAUUUUCAUCUUCCACUGUGCUCUUCAAAAGAAAGUACGAAAAGAAUAUGGGAAGUGCUUCAGACACUGGUACUGCUGUGGCGGCCUCCCGACCGAGAGCCCCCACAGCUCUGUGAAGGCAUCAACUACGCGCACCAGUGCCCGCUACUCCUCUGGCACACAGAGUCGUAUAAGAAGGAUGUGGAAUGACACCGUGAGGAAACAGUCUGAAUCUUCUUUUAUCUCAGGUGACAUCAAUAGCACUUCUACCCUUAACCAAGGAAUGACUGGCAAUUACCUACUAACAAACCCUCUUCUUCGGCCCCACGGCACUAACAACCCCUAUAACACAUUGCUCGCUGAAACAGUUGUAUGUAAUGCCCCUUCAGCUCCUGUGUUUAACUCACCAGGACAUUCACUGAACAAUACCAGGGACACAAGUGCCAUGGAUACUCUACCGCUAAAUGGUAACUUCAACAACAGCUACUCACUGCGCAAGGGGGACUACCACGACGGGGUGCAGGUCGUGGAUUGUGGACUAAGUCUGAAUGACACCGCGUUCGAGAAAAUGAUCAUUUCAGAGUUAGUGCAUAACAACCUCCGGGGUGGCAACAAAGCCCACAACCUGGAGCUCAAGCUCCCGGUUAAACCCGUGAUCGGCGGCAGCAGCAGUGAAGAUGACGCGAUUGUCGCUGACGCCUCAUCUUUGAUGCAUGGUGACAACCCAGCGCUGGAGUUCCGCCACAAAGAACUGGAGGCGCCUCUCAUCCCUCAGCGGACUCACUCGCUUCUGUACCAACCCCAGAAGAAAGUGAAACCAGAGGCCACCGACAGCUACGUCUCCCAGCUGACGGCCGAGGCUGACGACCACCUCCAGUCCCCCAACAGAGACUCUCUGUACACGAGCAUGCCCAACCUAAGAGACUCUCCCUACCCGGAGAGCAGCCCCGACAUGGCAGAGGACCUGUCUCCCUCCAGGAGGAGUGAGAAUGAGGAUAUUUACUAUAAAAGCAUGCCAAAUCUUGGAGCUGGCCGCCAGCUCCAGAUGUGCUACCAGAUCAGCAGAGGCAAUAGUGAUGGUUACAUCAUCCCCAUUAAUAAAGAAGGGUGCAUCCCUGAGGGGGACGUCAGGGAAGGACAGAUGCAGCUGGUAACGAGUCUUUAAUAGUACAGCGAUUCUUAGGGCCACACACAAGUAUUAAUUGCUAAAGACGCUGCCGGCGGCCCCUGCAGCCCCCUCCAGCUCUGCCUGAAGAGUCGGCUCUGAUGACCUGUGGUUCUCCACUGUAGGAAGACAAAAUAGACUGAACCUUGUAGUUCUGUGAAUUUUUAUAAAACAUACGAAAACUUUGUAUAUACACAGAGUAUACUAAAUUGAAUUAUUUGUUACAAAGAAAAAGAGAUGCCAACCAGGUAUUUUACGUUUCUGCUGCUGUGUAGAGAGAUUGUGAAACAAACAAGAGACCCUUCCAGCCAUGUUACUUGCGGCAGUUGGUGAACUAAGUCUGUAAAUAGGGCCGCACCGUGUUUUUGUAGGCCUGCAUUGUAUUAUAUACAAGACGUAGGCUUUAAGAUCCUGUGGGACUAAUUGACUGUAUCUUUUCCUGACAAGACUUGGAAAAGCAGGAGAGAGAUUCUGCACCCGUUUACACUUCCCUGCAAACCAUUUACAUUAAGGCAACAAUUGAAAACACGUUUAACCAGUAGCAACCAAGCCACAGGCCUUAUUUCAUGUUUCCUCAACUGUACAACGAACUAUUCUCAUGAAAAAAAAAAUGGCUAAAGAAAUUAUAUUUUGUUCUAUUGCUAGGGUAAAAUAAAUACAUUUGUGUCCAACUAAGAUAUAAUUGUCAUUAAAAUAAUUUUCAAGGAGUUUGGAGAAAAUAUUGUGACGAGCUCUUGGUUGCACAUGGUAGGAAAUGUGGUUUCUUAAGCCCAUCAUGGUAAGUUGUACCCAGUUUGGCUUCUUUUCCACCCUAGACGGUGUUCCAUUUUGACCGGGUAGUCCUUUUCUUACAUUUAAAUUUCUUAUUGCCAAAAGAGUGUGUGUUAUGGGGAGAAAACUCUCUGAAGUCAGUCCUGCCUUGCACAAAUGUGGGGAAAUCUGGAGGUCUUGGGUCAUCCCUCUGUUUAUUCUGGAACAGAGGGCGAAGGGGGCACUGGGCACUUCUCACAAACUUUCUAGUGAACAAAAGGUGCCUAUUCUUUUUUAAAAAAUAAAAAUAAAAAAAUAAAACAGAAAUAUUACUCUUCCAUAUUCCUUCUGCCUAUAUUUAGUAAUUAAUUUAUUUUAUGGUAAAGUUCUAAUGACAUGUAAAUUGUUCCAGCCAAACUCUGCUCUUCCUUCAAGCCCUUUGUGUAAACCUGUUAAUAAUGAGCCCAUCACUAAUAUCCAGUGUAAAAUUUAACACGGUUUGACAGUAAAUAAAUGUGAAUUUUUUCAAGUA